GUCUUCGGUUGGUCGCUAAUUUUGUAGAAGCGGAAAGUUGUGAACAAAACGCGUGGAAUUGUGCUUAAAACGUCAACAAAAAUUUGUGAAAAUAGUUGUGAGCGUAGCAUGCGAGCGCGGCAAUCGCAGCAAUAUGAAAUUCACCCGAGAAACGUGUAGUAAACGUUUAAAACAGCGUCGUGCUAUCACCCGGAAGCUGUGAACCGAAAAUGUGCAACGGAACAAAAAAUAAACAAGUGUCUAAGUGUGUAUACAAACCGAAUUUGGUUUGUAAAGAAUAAAGUUGAAAAGUUUUGAUCAAAAAACCGACAGAGCUUUCCGUCAAACCAAACUAAGUUGUAUAAAAUGAAGUGAAACAAAAAUCAACAAAAUAAUAAUAAUAAGCGAAACAACGAAAGCUCGUUUAUAUACCAUAUGCAACAUACAACGACGGACAACAACGUAAAACUAAUACGAAUCGGGACGGGGUAGAAUCUUCAUCACUGAAAUCAAAGGACCAGAAGAUUAGAAUCAAGGGAGCGCAGAAGCUAGAACUGCACAGCAAGGGAGCAGUACGCUGAGGAAGUGGUAGCGGAAGCCGUUGAAUCUCUUGCAGCGUUAUGUUUGUGAUGGCUGACAAUGUGAUGUGGCACAGUGUUGGACACCGUCUAUGCAAUUCAAACGCACGCCACGGCCCUCAUCGCCUACCGUUAGUAGCGUUAUUACCACUCCGUGCCAGAGCCAGAGGUUAUGCAUUGGGCCCCCAAUGCUUUGGGGGCACAUCAACGAAGAGCCAGGAGCUACAGCAACAACAACAGCAACAUGAUGGCCUCACCAGUAGUGAAGUAGUGUUGUGAAAUCAAAAGCUAAUCUUGAACUCUACCGAUCGAGUGAACUAUUAAGCCAAGUCAGGCUCUCCCUCUUCCUACAGGAACAUACAUAUAUAUAUAUAAAUAUAUAUAUAUACAUAAUUUAAGCUUGCAGACCGCUCUGCAACAUCUACAUCAGCAUCGCCAUGCCUAUGUCCAGCCACGACACGGUCUUUGUGGAGCCCGCCGUUAGCAGCAGCAGCAGCAAUGUCGGCGGUAGCACGAGCAGCAUCAGUCGCGUCGGGAUCACUGGCCCCCAGCCGCCGCCACCCCCGCACAUCGUUAUCGAUGGCACCAGUUUGUCAACGCAGGCGCAACUGCAGCGAAUCAUGCAGCGCCGCAUGUCGAUCAGCACGCGCCAGAUUCUAAGCGCCAGCCAAGGCCAGUCCCAGUCAGUUGUGGCGGUUAAUGCGACGCAAAAGUACGCGGUGCGUACGGCAGCAGGAACUGGGCCAGGAUCAGCGGCCAACUCCGGCCAGGAACUAAUCAAUCCACAAAUCUACAAGAUUGUGACCACUGACGGCAGCACCAGCAAUGUUAUUAUUGACGCUUCGGCUGCGGCGCCGCCACACAAUUCGAAGCUGCUGCUAAGCAAUCUCACGGUGCUCUCUAAGCAGGCCCCUGUCCAAGGAGGUGCAACGCAGCAGCAGCAACUCAGCUAUAUGGGCGCCAAAAGUCUACCGUAUGUGACGGCAUCGCCGGCAAAACAACCACUAUUGCAGCAACAGCCCCAGAAGUUCGGCAGCAUCAGCGCUUUUAAGGCACAGCAGCAACAGCAGCAGCAUCACCCGCAGGCGGCCACCUUGCAGAAAGUGACCGUGGGCUCUCGUGUUGGGGCUCGUCUGCAGUCGUACGUUCCGGCCACACCGCCACAGAUAAUUGUGCAGCCGGCGCAGCCCAAGUAUGUGAAUGCCACGGCGACGACAGCAUUAGCUGGCAAUGCGGCGCUCCUGAAGAAGGCUAAUCAGAAGAUUACGGUGAAGAGCGUGGGCAAUAUGCUGCAGCAACAGCAACACCAACACCAGCAGCAACAACAACUGCAGGCCCAGCAGCUAAAGACGUUCAUCACUCAGCAGCAGCAGCAGCAACAGCAGCAACAACAGCAGCAAACCUACAAGACGGCGACGGGUACCAAGGCAAAAUUUGUAAAACAGACGACUGCCCUGUCCAUUGCCGCCUUGCCCCAGCAGCAACAGCAGCAGCAAGCUACGUAUGCAAAACAGUCCAUAGUUACGCCCACACCGGUUACCAAGGUCACUAAGCUAAACAGCAAGUAUGUGCAGCAGCAGCAGAUCAGCUUGCCGCAGGGAACUCAGCUGCAGCAUAAGACAUCGCCGAAUGCCGGCUCGACGGGAGGAUAUUUGCUGCAGGCACAGGCUCAGGCCACUGGCGGUGGAACCAUUAAAUUUGUCAACUCGCAUGGCACCGUCAUCCAGCAGCAUCCCCAGCAACAGCAGCAGCAGCAACAACAACAGAUGGGGACGACGAAACGCAUCCACUACAAUAGCAGCGGGAGUAGUGACAACGAGCCUGCGCACACGGUGGCGAACUCCUCUCUGAUCACUGAUGACGUGAUGAUUGUCAACGGAACGCAGAUGACUGAUGAGUUGUCCGCGCGCAUCCUGCAAAGCAUGGCCCAGAAGUCAUUUAGCCAGCAGCAGCAGCGAUCCCAACAGGUGUCGGGUGCCAUAGGCAGCAGCAAUAUGCCGCCACCCACACAGAUUAUCUACAGCAACAAUAGCAGUGGCAGCGGAAGCAGCAAUGGCGGAUCCGCUGGCAGUCCGGGUGGUAAUCCACAUGGAAAUCUGCUGUUGACACAUUAUCAAGCAGCCGGCCCCAAGGCAGUUACUUCGACAUCUUUCCUCACAGUCACUGGCACUGGCACGCCUCCGGUGACGGUGGCCAGCUCACCUUCGGUUAGCAUCUCGUCGCAUGGCUUUCCAAGCGGCAGUGCGGCCAUCUCCUCGUAUAUGUCCUCGGCGACGGCGGCGCGUCGUCAGUCGGUGAGUGCACCCAGCAGCCGGGCGGCGUCACUGGAGCGGAAGCAACAGCAGCAGCAGCAAAUGCAGCACGAAGCUGCAAGGAAGGCACCGACUGUUAUUGAGUAUUACAACAAGCACGGGGUGAACCACAACAGCAGCAGCAGCAUCAUUAGCAGUAAUCUUACCCAUAGCAAUAGCAUGAGCAAUCUCGGAGUUUUGCGGAACAGCUGUGCCAGCGGAUAUACCACGACAACGCUUACCCCAGCCACGUCUCUUCAUUUGACGCCGCUCAAUAACGUUCCUGGUCAACUAGAAACAGCGCCUCUGGUAAAGUUAUCAACACCAACAACGGCAACAGUGGCGACAGGAGGUCAGGUUUUAACGGCACAGCAUCCAUUGGGCCACAGCCAGCUCAGUGCAAACGACGAGGAGCUAUAUAUUGAAGAGGUGCGACCGGUGCCAGUGCUUACACAGGAUCUACGCCUACAGCAGCUUCACGCCAUCAUGCAGGACCACACCUACGCCUCCUUGCAGCAGCAGCAACAGCAACAACAGCAGUCACAGCAGCCAACGGCUGAUACAACAAUUGCUGGAGUGGCACAGCAGCAGCAGCAGCCGCAACAGUGGUCACUGGGCGGAAUCGGUGUGACUGUUGCCGCUGGUCAAACCACGCCCACCUAUGGAAAUUUCUACGGCCAGCCAAUUCCUCGCCAUGUGACCGACGAUGAUGCCCACUCAGCCAUUAGCAGCAGCUCUCGCUUGGGCCUGGCCAGCGCUGACAUUGAUCCGGGCGAGGAGACGGAGACAGCGCCAGAAGCUGAGGCCGAGGAUGACUCUGUGACGCGCUGCAUCUGCGAGCUGACCCACGAUGAUGGCUACAUGAUAUGCUGCGACAAGUGCUCGGCUUGGCAACACGUGGACUGCAUGGGCAUUGACCGCCAGAACAUACCAGAGGAGUACAUGUGCGAACUGUGCCAGCCGCGUGCUGUGGACAAGGUGAGAGCUCGUGCCCUACAGCGACAGAAGCGUAAGGAGCACAUGCUGCUGGUGGCCACACAGGCGGCAAAUGGAGCUGCGGCCGUGGCGGCAGGGACAACGCUCAGCGGAGGAGUAUUUGGCAGCGGCGCCGGCGUCGGUGGUGUGGUCAUUUCCGAGGAGCUGCAGCAACGGCUAACAUCAGGACUGAAUGGAGGCUAUGCCACGAACACAGGCAUGUCCAAGAAGUCGAAGAAAACCAAAGAAGGCGCAGGCGGUGCUGGCUCCGGCUCCACUAUAAAGAAGACCAAGAAAAGCGGCGGAGUAGGCGGCAGCGAGAAGGGCGGCACUGGAGGCGCAACUCCUUCUGGUGGCGCCGGCACUGGAAAGUCUAGCAAAAAGAGUAGCAAGCGCAAGAGCAAGUCCAAUUCCGAAGGAACGAGCGGCGGCAGCGGCAGUAAUCUUGCUCUUACGGCAGCGGAAAAGCAUGCUGCCAAUUUGCGCCAAUGGAUUGAGAACUACGAGUACGCAGUGACCAAUCAUUAUUCGCCGGAGCUGCGAGCCCGCCUGCACGCCAUUCAGAAGCAACCCAGCCUGCUGCAGAGCAUCCAGAACACGGAGAACAAGGCGCUGCGACAGAUCCAACAACAACUGUCGACGGGCGGCGGCGGCAGCAGCAGUGAGCUGGAACUGGAGCAGCGCGCUCAGCUCAUUCCGUAUGCAGGCGCUAAGGUGUUGAUUAGCAGCGUGGAGCUCGCGCCGCACGCCCCCAUCCAUGAGCUUCGCGGCAAGUACAUGCUGACCACUCAAUUCCGCACCCAGAAUCCCACCGUCAACAUGAACACGCCGCCGCCUAGCAACUACCUGAACAGCUUCAAGGCUCACAAGACGCCGGGACAGUUUGUCUUCUUUUACCAGCUGCCGGGCGUGGAGGCGCCCAUGCAGACGCUGCGGCCGGAUGGCAGUGCGCCGCAGGUGGCGCAGCAGCCGCCCUCGUACCUCAAGGGACCGGAGGUGUGCGUAGAUACGCGGACGUACGGCAACGAUGCUCGCUUUGUUCGUCGUUCCUGCCGCCCGAAUGCCGAGCUGCAGCACUACUUUGAGAAGGGGACGCUACACCUGUACAUAGUGGCACUGACGCAUAUCCGCGCCCAGACGGAGAUCACGGUGCGUCACGAGCCACACGACCUGGCGGCGGUGGAGCAAAAGAAAUCGCAUGCUGCCGUCAUUCAGCCUACAAGCACCCGUUGUGCCUGCGAUCUGGGCAGCGACUGUCUCUUUGCCUUACCGCUGGCGGUGCAGCAGCAGCUCCAGGCUCCACCGACACAGCCCAGGAGCAGUCACCGCAACAAGGCGGCAGCAGCAGCAGCGGCAGCUGCGGCGGCCAAUAGCGCUGCAGCCAUACAGCUGACCAUGGGACUGGGCGUGGUGGGACCAGGAGGUGGAGCAGCGGCCGCAGUCGGAGCAAUGGGAGGAGCAACGGGUGUCGUCCUGCCCAAUUCUAGGAAUCGUUCAACAUCUUCCAGUGGCGAGAGCAGCCAAAUGGGCCUGAAUAGUCCGCAGCUCGGUCAGUUGAAUCUUGGCUUUAAGCCCUCACCAACGACGGUCUCCUCAAUGACGGCACCGGUCUGCAAUAGCAGCGGCGGCAGCGGAAGCAGCAGCAGCAGUAGCAACAACUCCUGCUCGGUCUCCAUGUCCAGUGUGCUGCACGACUCGGGCAUUUGUACCUCCUCCUCAUCGCCCUCGGUGUCCAUUCCCUCGCCAACGCCGGCUCAGCUUCAGUCUCCAACGCCGCACCAGACCUCGCUGUUGCAGCGGAGUCCCACGCAACAGCAUCAGCAACAGAUCUUAGCCGCGUUGCCUACGCCGAUGCUUACGCCUAUAUUAUCACCACAGUUGCCACAGAAACAUUCUCACGUUGUGGUACAGCAAACUUCCCUUUUGCAACAACAGCAACAGCAGCAUCAGAAACCUUUGGCUGUCAUUGCAGCGGCAGCAGCUGCACAGCAGCCCAUGUCUACGUAUAUUGUACGACAACCUCAGCAGCAGCCGCAGCAGCAGCAACAACAAUCUCCAAAGGCACAACAGAGCGUGGCGACUCACUUCCUCCAACAGCAGCAGCAGCAGCAGCAGCAGGAAUUGCAACAGAAACAACUGCAACAGCAACAAAUGGCGGAUGAGGCCAGGAUGGCAGUGAGUGCAUUGCAGACCCUGCAUGCUACUCCUACAUCUCAUGUGGUCACGACGCCAAUCAAGGUAACGACUGUGCAGCAACAGCAACCACAGCCACAUCAUCAGCCUCCACCGCAUUCGCCACAAAGGCAACCACAGCAGCAGCAGCAGCAGCAGCAGAUUAUCUAUUCAACCGGCGUCGUCCAGGCGGUUCAGGUCGCCACUACCCCAACGAAACUAAGUUCGCCCACGAAGAGUGUGUCCCUAGCCCAUAACAGUAAUAAUAAUAACAACAACAACAAUAACAACAGUGGCCAACCAUCGGUUGUUGCAGCAUCAAGAAAAACUCCAGGUAAGCAGCCGCCUCCCCAACAACAGCAACAACUCGUGACUCCGCCAGCUGCUACCGCGUCUUCGAUCCCAGCAGUUUCGCCAGCAGCACCUUCGCCCGUCGGUGAUUCCAAGGACGAUGAGGCAUCAGCGACGACACCGACUACGCGUACGCCCGCCAAGGAUAAGCCGAAGCAGUCGCGGGAGGAUCGAAAGCUGGAGGCCAUACUGCGAGCCAUUGAGAAAAUGGAGAAGCAGGAAGCACGCCACAAGAAGGAGACGACGCGUCAGGGGGUGAGUGGUGUUGGUGCUAACAAGCGGCAGGCGAGCAACUCGCCCGCCUCGCCCAACAAGCGUGGCAGCUCAAACUCGAUCAGUGAGGAUGUGAUGGAUACGCCAACGAGCACCAAUUCGCCGCAGCGACGUAACCAAAAGAAGAAGCGGAAGGUUAGCCGAAGCUAUAACAACAAUAACAACGGCAGCAGCAAUAAUAAGCGAAGGAAGAGCAUUAUGGUGGAAUCGGAUGGUGAAUCGCAUGCAUUGACAAACUCUGAAUCGGAAGAUCAUGUGCAGCAUCAUCAUGCGCAUCAGCAUCAUCAUCACAGCGGAUCGGAAGACCAGGCAGCGGGUCUACUCUUAGCCUUGGCUCACCACAACAACAACUCGCCGUCCGCCGGCAGCGAAUCGUUCAAGUCACCCACACCCAAGUCACAGUCACUGCCCGUGAGCAGUGCCUGCCUGCUAAUUGAGGCAGCCAUGGGACCGCUGGUAGAGCAGCCUCCAGUUCCAGCAACGGCGUCUCCUUCGCUAGGCGGCAGCGGUGAAUUCAAGUUCCCGCCCGGCGGUGCCAAGACCAAGAAGACGCUCAUGUCAAGCUGGUUUCAGCAGGAGCAGUGUGAGCAGCAGCAGUCAGCCUCUUCGGGUUUGGACAGCCUCGUGAGGGCGGCCAUGAGCGAGAUUAAUGGCGAACGAGACCAGCUGCAGCAGCAUCAGCCAGAGCCGGCCCUGCUAAAAGUGGAGCAGUUCAUCCAUCAGACGGAGUCGUCGACAGCGACGACGGCGGGCACUGCUCGCGACCAACUGCAUCUUCCGCUGCAGAACAAUUCGUCGGUGAAGAAGCGUUGGUUGCGACAGGCCAUCAGCGAGGAAACGACUCCGGAUGAAGGGCUUUCCCCGCAGCAGCAGAGUCUGUCGACGACUCCCACACCUCUGCCUCAACCUGUGCCAAGUGUGUCGCCCCUGGCCAACGGAUUCAGCACGCCGCUGAAGAAGCGCCGCCUCGUCGUGAUUAGCAACGGAUCGAACGGAAUGGAAGCAGAUGAACCGCACAUUGAUGUUAUUGGAGAAGAGCCAAAGGAGGAGGCUGAGGAUGAGGACAUCGCAAUGCCUGCUUUGAAGGUGGAAACGGAUCACAGCCAGCAGCAGCAGCCGGAGCAGGACGAUGACGUAGACAUAUUGCGAUCUCCAAGCCCAGGCACUCAGCAAAUCGUCGCCGAGGACAAUCUGGUAAAGAUCGAGCCGGAAGACACGAGUGCAGCCGCCGAUGACGUGAAAAUCGAUGUGGAACGUGAUGUGGAGAGCCAGGCCUGCGACAAAUUCGAGGAAAUGGUAAAGGUGAAGCGCGAGGAGGAGGAGCAACGGGAGCAGCAACAACAGCUGGAGGAACAGCAGCACCAGCAGCAGACCAAAGUUGAGCCCUCGCUAGUGGAACCAAAAUUGGAACCAAUUAACACCGCUGUCAAGUUGGCUCCCAAAGUGGAAACGCCGACGACGACAAUAAUUCCAGAACCGGAGUUGCCGCCCAAGGUGGAGCCGACAAAGGUGGAAGAACCGAAGCCGGGAGAAUCUCUAUUGCGCUCCACGGCAACGGCAGCAGCGGCAGCAACCCUGCUCAAUGUCGGAAAGGUGGCCAUUAAGGCGGCGCGACCGCCACCGCCUCUCAAAGUAGAAGAUGAGCAGCCGCUGAAGAAAAAGCCAAAGUUAGAGGUAGCCAUCCCUGCGUCGGUACCAUCCGCGGCAACUUCAACGGCGGCGAUACCAUUAUCCACGACCACCGUAGCAAUAGGUGCAGCAGCAACAGUAGCGCCCCUUACUCCUGGAAAUGCUGCUCCUUCCAGUACGAAAAAUCUCACCGCGCACGAUAUUCAGGAACGUCUGUUGUCCUUCCAUGCAGCCAACAUUUCCUACCUGCAGUCAAGGAACAAAAAGACCACCGCCUCGGCUUCGGGCCAGAAGAGCAACAGCAGCAGCGGCGGAAGUGUCGCAGAGUCUAAGAAAUCGUCCAAGGAGAAGGAUGAGAAGCGCGAGAAAGAGAAGCAACUAAAAAAGUCGAAAAAAGAGAAGAAGAAGUCCAAGGAAAAGGAGAAAGACAAAGAAAAAGAAAAAGAAAAGGACAAGGAAAAGCACAAGGCUUCGACGACAACUGUUCCGCCAUUAGUUGAAGCGAAGAAAAAGUCUCCUCAGUCAAUCUUAAAGCCUGAUUCUAAGACCUUGCCACCGCCACCAGCGCCAACACCGAUCGUGACUCCUGUUGGCCUUUCAGCCAUUACGGCUAAUGGAAAGGCCAAGCACUUGACACACAACAAUGUGGACCAACAGCAGCAGCAGAAGAUGAGGCGUCGCACCAUGUCCAUGUGCGUUACGCCCGUGACACAAUUGCCUUUGCCCCAAUCCCUGGCCCCGCCAACUCCCACGACUAAGAAGCGGCAGACCAAUUUCGAACAGGAACUGACCAAACCCAACAGCCAGAUCCUGAGCAGCAGCAUUCUCCUCAAUAGCAGCAAAGUGCUGGCGAGCGCCGUACCUGGCAUCGUUGCGUCCGCUGGUGUAGCUGCCGCAGGCGUACCGAAUGCUGUCCAACAGCAACAGCAGCACCGCAAGGAAAACAACCAUCACCAGGAGGUGCCGAGUGGAGGACCCAUGAGCUUGGCGGCAGCUAUUGCCAGUGGUAAGCUAGCGCCGAUUACCCGACGACGCGAGUCCAUGUGCGGCAGCCGUCAGCAGGCGCUCAUCGCGGCCGCCUUGAAGAAGGAAAAAAAGGAGAAGAAAAAGAGCAAGAAGAAGGAUCGCGAGAGGCAGAAGCAUGAGAAGCAGAAGGGCAAGGAGAGGGAGCGGGAUAAGGACAAGGAAAGGGAGAAAGAGAAAGACAAGGACAAGAAGGACAGCAGCACGAUGAUAAGCAGCAAGAUGAACUACAUUCAGAAGCCAACAAUCCCAGCUGUAGUCGCGACUUCCUUAUCAGCAUCAGUACCAGUGCCCACGCCCAAGGCUGCUCCCAUACCUGUGCUGAUCACGCAACCUACUGCGGUUACUGUCCAGCCGCAGGACAGUAAUUGCCCAACCGCCGUCACAAAGAUGCCGCCACUGCCGUUCUACAACACCAUCUACGGCAAGUUGCAGGAUUCUCCUUCGUUGCCAGCAAGUGUCGUUACCGGCAAUGUCCCUACAAACAGCAGCAGCAGCAUGCCCAGUCUCUCCGAGUACCUGGAGGCGAAAAUCAGAUCUUCCAAAGCGGCAACCUGUCCAGCAGCUGCCAUCGUUAGCCCAGUAACAGCAGCUGCUGCAGUGGCAUCAUCCCCUUUGUCUGUGGAAAUGCCACCACCAACCACAACCCCGCUGAAGCUGUACACACGCACCGCAAGCCAUGAUCCCCGUCUGAACCCCAUGCUGACGGUGCCUGAGCCAACGCCAAUGCCAAAACGAAAGCUUUCCAUUAGUGAGUAUCGAAUGCGGCACAGGCCAUCUGUGGAUUCGGCCCCAACCACGCCCACGACUCCAACGACACCAACCACGCCACCAGCGAACUCAAGUGCAACUGAUCGCUGCUUUGCGAAGCCUCAGACCAUUAACAAGUGCUCACUGCAGUCGCCGGAACGCUAUCAGGCGGCCAUAAGGGAGCGACGGAACUCGAUCAGUGUCCACCAGCAGGUCCAUCACCACCAGCAGCCUGGCGUGAAUCACUUCAAUCUCAGUAACAAUAACAUCAACAACAAGAGCAGCAGUAGCAGCGGGAAUCACUUGCAGCAGGUGUUGGGUGUUGUCGGUGUCGGUAGCAGCAGAAUACCUGCCAUCAAGAAGCAGGCAUUGGAUCCGGCGGCCACUACCUUGAGCACAGUGAACAGUAUCCUAAGCACGGCUCAGAAGCUGCAUAUGUUCGAUGACAAACCAAAAGGUGGCCACUUCAACGCCGCACCUACGCUACUGGAGCAGCAGCAGGAGAAGAUGAGCGAGAGAUCGCGUUGUCUGCAGCGGACCAUUUCCUGCGAUUCGCGGGUUAUUGAGCGAUUGGGUUCAGUAGCGGCCGGAGCUGCUGCAGCGAGUGCAUUGGUAGAGAAGGUGACCACGGCGGCUGCGUCCCGGAGAGAUGCUGGCCACUAGUGGAGGGUGAGUCACGAGACGGGACUGCCAGCGACUUUGGGUCUGAAAAAGACGCUGUUUCAAUGCACAGCAAUUAAGAUUUUGGACAGACCAAACCGGAAAAAGAUGUAACCCAGUUAUGAAUCGGAAAAUGCCUGAGGCCGGAUUCAAGUUUCUUUUUUUACGACAAAAAAGCUAGCUGCUUCCCUUAGACACCACAAACCACACAAGAGAUGCGUCCGUUUCAAGUGUUUCCUUUUCCUUCACAAUAGCAAACAAUUACUGAUCAAAGAAAACAGACAAACAAACUAACAAAACGCCAAGCAAAACACACAAUGCAAUCAUAUGUCUAUUUGUAAGCAAAAACACAUCUCGGUGAUCUUUAAGAGAGUCUAGAAGAUAUACCAAAACGUUCUUACUAAACAACUACUUAGUUUACUUAAUUAGCAUUCGUUUUCGGUCAAGGCAAAAGUGAGACGCAAAACAAACAAAGAAAAAACCCAACUAUAUAUAUAACAAGAAUUGAUAUAUUUACAUAUAGCAUAUAGAAUACGGAUUAAGGCAGCCAAAAAAACUGAAGUAACACAGAUGAUAUAGGAGAAUACCCUUUGGUAAUUGGUAAUAUGUAUUUUUAAGUUUAUUAUCCGAUUGAAGGAGAAAACAGUUUCGUUACAAACAAAUGCUUGAGCUAGAUAUAGAGAACCAAAUCUCUAUAGAUUUAACCCUAUAAAAUAUAUUUUAUGUAACUUUUGUUUAAACUACUUGAAAUAAUGGUUAAAACGUAGAAAUAAACAACAAGAAAAAUCCAAUUCCCAUA